AUGUCAGAAGAAAUUACUUUGCCACAAGUGGUGGACGACCUAGAUGAUCAACCGAGCUUUAAUAGAACAAUCAAAGACAUCGUGGCUGGAACAUCAGGUGGAAUCGCACAGGUCUUAGUGGGUCAACCCUUUGAUAUUACUAAGGUACGGUUACAAACCUCAGAGACGUCCACGACAGCUGUGAAAGUAAUACGGAACUUGGUUCAGAAUGAGGGACUUACGGCGUUUUAUAAGGGCUCAACUACACCGUUGAUUGGUGUUGGAGCAUGUGUAUCAUGCCAGUUUGGGGUUAAUGAGGCAAUGAAAAGGUAUUUUCACAGGAAGAACAAGCAAACACACUCCACUCUGAGACUGCCAGAAUAUUACGCAUGUGGGUUUGUUAGUGGAUGUGCAAACGGAAUGCUCACUGCUCCUAUCGAACACGUCAGAAUCCGUCUUCAGCUUCAAACGAAAUCGCUAAAUAGUGCUGAGUACAGUGGUGCUCUAGACUGUAUUAGGAAGCUGAUGGCCUCAGGAAAUCUAAUGCGCGGGCUUACCCCAACACUCUUGAGAACAUCCCACGGAUUUGGUGUAUACUUUUCAACCUACGAAGCACUUAUUGGCAUGGAAGCUAAGAAGGGUACUGUCAGAGCUGAUAUUUCACCCUGGAAACUGUGCACGUUUGGUGCCAUGUCCGGUGCCUUGUUGUGGAUGAUGGUGUACCCUUUCGACGUAAUCAAGUCUGUGAUGCAGUCUGAUAACCUUCGCGAGCCUGUUCACGGAAAAAAUGUUGUAGAGGUGGCCAGAUACAUCUAUCGUGUGCGCGGCCCCAAGGCUUUUUUCAAAGGAUUUGGCCCGACUAUGCUGAGAUCCCUCCCUGUAAAUGGCGCAACCUUCACAACAUUUGAGAUGGCCAUGAGAAUGAUGGGCUGA